CUCAUCAAGUCCUUCAACUCAACGAAAAAGUCGGACGACGUCCGACGUUGAAAAACCCCGGCAAAUACCCUUGUCAAGGUAUUUGCCCCGACAACGAGAGGCCUCCAGUCAGGUGGAAAGAAGCCGCAUGGAUGAUAAGAUGCGAUGGGAUCAGAUGGCGCGAGUGAGGAAGGAACCAUUGGCAGUUGGGGAUGUCGUAUUACUGUACGACUCCUCUUUGGAGAAGCAAUGGUCGAGGAAACUCGACAAAAGGUGGAUGGGGCCCUAUAGGAUCUUGCGGUGCGGAGAAUUUGGGGCCUACCAGAUUGAGGAGCUGAACGGGACAGGGUCUGACUUUUCGAAGACAGCCAUGCAGAGGGGCGGGAGGGAUGCACGACCACAACAGAGACCCUCGGGAGCAUCUAGAGGGAAUGACCAGCGCAGGCCGUUUGGGAGGGAGUCCACGCCUGUCUUCAACGAUGAUAACAUAGAGCUCUUCUUGGAUGCCUACCAGGGUCAUGCGACACAGGAGGGGUGGACUACCCUGGAGAUGAUACGAAACCUGAGGGGGGUUGGACGUUUCGAGGAGCCUAUCGCGCAUAUUCGAGAGGAGGCUUUGACCUGGCCGGAUGUGGAGGCAAGGAUGCAGAGGCUGAGGGCUUUGCCGGUGGGACGCGAUGGUCUGCCUAUCCGGCUGGAGGAAGGCAAUGCGGAGGAGUUCAUUCCAGCCUACGAGGCGGAGAGACCAUUGGCGAGACAGAUUCGGGAUAGGGCGCGUGAUUGGGAAGAUUGUCAGGCUCAACUGAGGCAGGCGUUCUGGCGGCCAGAGCCUGAGAGGCCAGAGCCUUGGGUCGAGAGAAGGCAGAGAAGUAAGAGACCGCUGGACCCAGAAACGAGGGGGGCCACUGCGACUAGGAGAAGCCGAAAGGCCUUGGCACGGCGAGAGGAGGAGCCGGUGGGGCCGGCUCAGGCAGCAGGGCCACUCCCUACUUAUGGAUUUGAGCGAGUGGAGUUUCGUCAGAUCACUAGUACUGACCUACAGGGGCCUUCGCUGAGAUUGCUAGAAGAGGGAGAGGAUGUACUAUCGGAGACGCCGCUCAGGAGUUUGGAGGCCCACCUCGAUGCGUCUCAAUGGGGGACUUCGCAGUUGGGAAUCGGUCUGGUUGAACCGGCACGAUAUGGGCCGGUGGAAGGACCACAAGGCCUUGAGCCAGAGACUGAGCCGCGUGAGCCAGGGGAGCCACUGGUUGAAGAGGUUAUUACUGUUGGGGACGAUACUCCUCCUCAUACCCCGGUCCCGGAGCAUGUACAGCAGCCCUGUCCAGAAGGGAUUCCUGAGCCAGAUAGUGGAGAGGUUUCAGCACCUGCGCCGGAGGCCAUCACUUCGCCCAGGAAGAUGGCAGAGAUAGGGGGGCAGGAGGAGGACGGGAGAGCGGGGGCGCGCACGACCGUCAGCUCACGGUUAGCCGAACAUGCGGCCGAGCACUCGGAUACUGAGAUGCCAGCGUCCGAUGAGCCACCGCCAGAGUUGCCGCAUGUAGAGGGAGGGGCGAGUGCUGAGGCUCCGGCUCGAGGGACCCACGAGGCGCGGACAGGGAAAACACCGGGAGAGACAGUUGAGGAGAAGUCUACCAAAGAGCAGAGCAGAUAUGGUAUCCAGGGUGAGAGGAUGCAGGGACUCUUUGGCCAGGGAGUAACGGUAGAGCCUCCUCAGCAGAAGGAAAUAAAGGAGGUGUUCCUGGAUCCCGCAGAAGCGGAGACGAAGAGGAAGGCCGAAGGGAAGAGUUUUAGUUUCAAGGAUCCCACGGAGUUAGCCUCGCAGCAGGCAACCCCUAUGUCAAUUGAGGCCCCUGCAGGGGAGCCAACUCAGAGGCCCCAAUUUCCGCCUGCAGAAGAGGGUUUCGCAGAAGAGUCCCCUACAAUCCUUUUGGAGGUGCGGGGAGGUACCCUUACAGGGGCAGUGGCGCCCACUGAGCCUGAGACGGUGGAGACGGUGGAGAAGGAGGCAUCUCGUUUAGACGAGCUAGUGGCAGCCAUGGAGGUAGACAUGCCGCUGGAGAGACCCCAGAGGCUGGACACGCCUGAGUAUAGGCCAGAGAACGCGGGCGCACAAGCUAGUGAGGGCACCGAGGCCGCGGAGUCCGAACCUCAGGGUUGCAUGGGAUUGCCAUUAUGUUACGAGGGGGCCACUGAGGCGGCGGGGGCACCAUCGAUUUCAAACCCCCAGGGGAAGAGGAAGCCCAAGAGGUGGUUUGACUCAUCCUGUUUCUUUUGCAAGGAGGAAGGGCAUCAGGCUCUGCAGUGUGAGGGGUUUCUCAAGGACAAAGCGGAGGGACGAGUUACAGAGAGGGAUGAGAGAUUCUAUGAUAGACAAGGCAGGGUUGUAGAGCGGACUGCAGAUGGGGGUAGGCCUCAGUUGUAUAGGCAAAACCAGGAGGAGAUGAGUGAAUAGGGACUGGUUUGUCUAUAGGCCAGCAUGACCCUUGUACAUAAAGGGUAGGAUGAGCAUGGACAUA